AUGUCAACUCACCGUAUAUACAUUUGGCUCGCCCUCCUCGAUAUACCUCCUCUCCCAACAGACGAAUACCUCUCCCUUGUCCACCGGGGUCGGUCACCGGCAUAUACCAAGAUCCGUAAUGACACAUUCCGAACCCUAGCCACUGAUCCAUUAUUUAAACGGAGAGUUACCGAAGCAAGUCUUAUACGACUUCUCAAUGCUGUGGCAUGGAAGAUACAUGACUCCAAGACAGGAACUUCUUCGCGCCAGCUUUCUCCUUCACAGCAGUCAAACUCGAGAAGAACUUCAUCUGUCUUCCUCCCCGAUGGCCAUGCCGCCGCUAUUGAUGGCCAAAGUCCGAACCCAUCGGAUUCCGCUGCAAUAUAUGUACAGGGGAUGAAUGUCUUAUGCGCACCGUUCCUUUAUGCAUCACGAAGCGAAGUGGAAGCGUUCGCGCUGUUCCACCACUUUAUCACCCGUGAAUGUCCCGGGUAUGCCAAAAGUACCAUGGACGGAGUCCACAAAGGAGUCAAGUUAGUGGAUCGUUGCCUAGAAGUUGUUGAGCCAAAGCUAGCCAAUCACUUAUUCAGUAAGGGAAUGCAUGCCGAAUUAUACGCAUUCCCAUCAGUACUUACGCUGUGUGCUUGUACACCCCCACUACCAGAGGUUUUGCAUCUUUGGGAUUUUCUUUUCGCCUACGGACCUCAUUUGAAUAUAUUAUGCAUUGUUGCACAAUUAAUACGGAUGAGGGAUAUUAUCUUGGCAAGCCAGAGAACUACUUUUACACGCAAAAUAAUUUUGGGAGGUUCAAAGCCAGCAUCAAUGCAUUUUCUUUUCUAUGUUUCCAUGCUACUUGAUGAUGAUGAUGAUGAUGACUAUGACUAA